AGGAGGCCCGGCUCGGGGAGGGGAGGGGCGCCAGGAAGAAUGCCAAACGUCGGCCGCUUCGUGCAGCUCCUGAGCCAGGCCCUGACCCGGGGAGAACGCCACCUGCAGCCAGCAAGAGGCUUGAGAAUGAAUAAUCCAGCAAUUGUGAGAACCGUGCCCAAUAUUAUUAAGUCUCCUGAGGACAAGCGUGAAUAUUGUGGAUUGGAAUUUGCAAAUGGGAUCAAUGCAUUACUAAUCCAUGACCCUACCACUGACAAAUCAUCUGCUGCCCUGGAUGUUCACAUUGGCUCAUUGUCAGAUCCAAAAGACAUCCAAGGACUAGCCCACUUUUGUGAGCAUAUGCUUUUCUUGGGGACAGAAAAAUACCCAAAGGAGAAUGAGUACAGUCAGUUCCUUAGUGAACAUGCAGGGAGCUCAAAUGCAUUCACUAGUGGCGAACAUACCAACUACUAUUUCGAUGUAUCGAAUGAACACUUGGAGGGUGCCCUAGAUCGGUUUGCCCAGUUUUUCUUGUGUCCUUUGUUUGAUGCCAACUGGAAAGAUAGAGAGGUUAAUGCUGUUGAUUCAGAGCAUGAGAAGAACAUAAUGAAUGAUGCUUGGAGACUGUUCCAGUUAGAGAAGUCUACAGGCAAUCCAGAGCACCGAUUUAGCACAUUUGGAACAGGCAACAAGUUCACCUUGGAAACUAGGCCAGCAGAGAUGGGCAUUGAUGUGCGACAAGAACUGCUUAAGUUCCACUCGUCUUACUAUUCAUCAAAUCUGAUGGCUCUCUGUGUCUUGGGGAGAGAAUCCCUGGAUGAACUGACCGAUAUGGUAGUGAAGCUAUUUGGAGGUGUGGUAAACAAAAGUCUACCUGUUACAGAAUUCUUGGAAUAUCCUUUUCAGAAAGAACACCUUAAGCAACUGUAUAAGGUGGUGCCCAUCAAGGAUAUCAGAAAUCUUUAUGUCACUUUUCCUAUACCGGACCUUCAGAAAUAUUACAAGUCAAAUCCAGGUCACUAUCUUGGCCAUUUGAUUGGUCAUGAAGGUCCAGGGAGUCUUCUGUCAGAACUGAAAGCUAAAGGCUGGGUAAAUACACUUGUUGGAGGGCAAAAAGAAGGAGCCAAAGGCUUCAUGUUUUUCAUCAUUAAUGUGGACCUUACUGAGGAAGGACUUGUACACGUGGAUGAUAUAAUUCUUCACAUGUUCCAGUACAUCACUAAACUGCGUACAGAAGGGCCUCAGAAAUGGAUUUUUCUGGAGUGUAAGGAUUUGAAUGCCAUGGCUUUUAGAUUCAAAGAUAAAGAGCGACCACGAGGCUACACUUCAAAACUUGCCGGAUCAUUGCAUUACUAUCCAAUUGAGGAAGUUCUGGCAGCUGAUUUUUUGCUGGAAGAAUUUCAGCCUGAACUAAUAGAAAUGGUCCUGGACAAACUGAUACCAGAGAAUGUGCGGGUGGCAGUGGUUUCUAAAACGUUUGAAGGGAAAACUGAUAAGACUGAGAAAUGGUACGGUACAGAGUACAAACAAGAAAGUAUUCCUGAGGAUGUUAUUGAGAAAUGGAAAAACGCCAACCUAAAUGGAAAAUUUAAGUUGCCAGAUAAGAAUGAGUUUAUUCCGACAAAUUUUGAGAUUAUACCGUUAGAAAAAGAUGCUACUUCAUUCCCUUCUCUUAUUAAGGACACGGCCAUGAGCAAAGUAUGGUUUAAACAAGACGACAAAUUCUUUCUGCCAAAAGCUUGCUUAAAUUUUGAAGUGUUCAGCCCAUUUGCUUAUGUGGAUCCAUUACAUUGUAAUAUGGCCUAUUUAUAUAUUGAACUGCUGAAAGAUUCUCUCAACGAGUAUGCAUAUGCAGCAGAGCUAGCUGGCUUGAACUAUGACCUACAAAAUACGAUCUAUGGAAUGUAUUUGUCAGUGAAGGGGUACAGUGACAAGCAGCACAUCCUUCUCAGGAAGAUAGUUGAGAAGAUGGCAAACUUUGAGAUUGAUGAGAAGCGAUUUGAGAUAAUCAAGGAAGCAUACAUGCGAUCCCUGAGUAACUUCAGAGCAGAGCAGCCUCACCAACAUGCCAUGUAUUACCUCAGAUUGCUAAUGACUGAGGUAGCCUGGACUAAAGAUGAACUUAAGGAAGCUUUGGAAGAUGUCACUCUCCCACGCCUCAAGGCCUUUAUACCUCAACUGUUGUCAAGGCUACACAUUGAAGCACUUCUCCAUGGCAAUAUAACAAGACAGACUGCUUUGAAUAUCACGCAAAUGGUUGAAGACACCCUUAUUGAGCACGCUCAUACUAAACCUCUUCUUCCUAGUCAACUGAUCCGGUACAGAGAGGUACAACUUCCAGACAGAGGAUGGUUUGUGUACCAGCAGAGAAAUGAGGUUCACAACAACUGUGGGAUUGAGAUCUACUAUCAGACAGACAUGCAGAACACCAAUGAAAAUAUGUUGCUGGAACUUCUCUGUCAAAUCAUAUCGGAGCCGUGCUUCAACACAUUGCGGACUAAGGAGCAGCUUGGUUACAUUGUGUUCAGUGGUCCACGCAGAGCAAAUGGUGUACAGGGUUUACGUUUCAUCAUUCAGUCUGAAAAGGACCCCAGUUACCUGGAGAGCAGGAUCGAGGCUUUCUUAAAAAUGAUGGAAAAGUCUAUUGAGGAGAUGCCCGAGGAAGCCUUUCAGAAACAUAUCCAAGCUCUGGCAAUAAAGCGACUUGAUAAACCCAAAAAACUCUCUGCUGAGUGUGCUAAGCACUGGAGCGAAAUCAUCUCCCAGCAAUACAACUUUGACCGAGAUAACACUGAAGUAGCACAUCUAAAGAUACUGACUAAAGAGGAUAUAAUGAAUUUCUAUAGAAAUCUGCUGGAUGUUGAUGGUUCAAGGAGGCACAAGAUCUCGGUACAUGUUUUGUCCAGGGAUAUGGAUUCUUGCCCUGUUGUUGGUCAAUUUCUAUCUCAAAAUGAUGUCAAUCUAUCUCCUGCACCAACCUUGCCACAGCCACAUGUAAUUGAAGACAUGACUGCAUUCAAACGCAGUCUACCACUCUUUCCACUGGCAAAGCCUCACAUCAACUUCAUGGCUGCAAAACUCUGAGGUCGAGAACACUGACAGAGGGCAAGAAGACCUGAAUAAAAAAAGAAAAAUUAAACCACAUUGAGGAGGAACUUUCAAAUCUAAUUUCUUUUGAUGAACGAUUUACAGUCAGCAGUGUUCAAAGUAAAAUAAUUUUGUGUACUUCUGCAUGUUAAUGGUUCAGAUAGCAGGUAGUUGAGUGGUAUGGUUAGAUUAUUUGUCCAUAAAACUGCACAUAAAAUUGGAAUCCUACAAAACAGUAAUGUAUAAACCAGUAAUGUUAGACAUGUGUAAUAUAGUUGAGGUGAAAUUCUUUUGAAAUAGAACACCAGAAAAUAAAAUGCCUUUUAUUUACUAUAGUAACAAGAAAUUGUAAGAUUAUUACAAGGCAUGCGGCUAGAACAUUUUUUUCUGGUGGUUAUAACUAAAAUGAAUACAUUUUUAUCUUGUAGGCAAGUUUUGUAGUUUUUACAUUUUAUGUGCAAACACAAGCAGUAAGAUGCUGGAAACUAGUUUUUUUUGGUUUUAAAUACUUUUCGCAAAACACUCUAUUCAAAAUUGCAGAAAACAGUUUAAAUUGUCAAAUAGCUUCCAGUUUCACUUAUGUUCCAUCUCUUCUGUGGAUAAUAUUCCUCACUUUAGGAUGUAUAUCAUCUCGAAGACUGAAUUGCAACAUUUUGGUACAAUACUGAUUAAAAAUGGAAGAUUCUCUGGUUUGAAGAAGUAAUGGUCAUCAAAAGGCUGUUUUAUUUAAUUUUUCCUCAAUAAAAGAUACAUUUUGUAACUUAUUCAGUCCUUUUCCAGUUGCAGGACUUCCUUUUUCCUUUAAUUAAAAUGUGUUCUAAUUUAAAUACUGUAUUUAAAAACACUAUUGGAAAAAGUACUAACUAAAUCUGUUGCUCCCCUCAUUCUGCUUUUGAAACCUCUAUAAAUUUAGCAAGCUCCAUAAUGUUUUCAAAUAACUUCCCAUAUUUCUUCUGGUGUAUAAAUUAAUUUACAAGCUGCAUUAUUGCAAGCCCUGACAACAAAUUAAUGAUUCUGUUAGUGUGGUUUUACAAUGUUACUCUUUUGUAUUACUAUAUGCAAUUUUUUCCAAGCACCAUUAAGAAAAUCUGAAGGAAACAGCAGAAUGUUAACUUUUCUUAAUGGUGAAAAAUGCAUAUUAUUUCAGUAAUUUAAAAAAUCUUAGUUCUUGAUCCACAAAAAAAAUUACGAUGAAACAUUUCAAAUGUUUCACAGGUCAAGUGCUAUAUUGGAUUUCAAAAUACAUUGUAAUGUAGUUUCUUAAUGGAAACCAAUAGGUAGUGAAUAAUAAGAUUCAAAUGGAUACAAUUGUUAGAAAGUAAUUUGUUUAGCCUACCAUAGUACACCAGUCUUUUCAGCAGUUUGCCACCUUUUACGAUAUUUCAUUGGGUAGUGUUGGAACAUUUUAGCUGUUCAUAUUGCUCUUAGGAUUGUAAUUUUACAGAAUUUUGAAAGUUGGUACAUAGGGGACGUUAUGGGCAUUAUCUGCAAUAUAAUACCAUCAGAAAUCGUAUCUUGUUAUCCAUAUUGAAUACUUCAAAACCCUACAGAACUUCUUCCAUUAGUAUUAGAAUUGUAUCAGAAUUUUAUCUAAAUGUGACAAUUACACACCAGAUCAACCAAGCAAAACUUAAAAGCAAAAAAAACUUUAUAUUAAAACUAAGGUUUACAGUAGGUUCCACUAUACUGUUGAAACAUGUUUUUCUACAUUUCCAGCAUUUGUGCAGUUUGACUCAGGCAUAUCCAUAGAUUCUGUAUAUGAAUUCUGAGGAUGUAGCUUUUCCAAGCAAUAAGAGCCAGAGUAUCGUUAACAUUCAACACAUUUUUAUGGCUUGUGAAUAGAUGUAACCUUUUUUGUUGAAUUGAGCAUAAAUGACUUAGACUAAUUUAAUUUUAAGACUUUGGUGCUGUUGAUGUAGAACUGGAUUCAUAUAUAUAACCAGUGUAUACUGGCAGGAUUUUCCUGUUUGCAAUAAAAAUUUUAAUCAUCCUCA